AUGCGGGUGAUUCUGCGAACCUCCAGUAGCCUCACCGGAAUCGGGAACUUGCGCCACCACGGAAGAUCGUGGUGGUGUCGUGACUGUCCUGACUCCGACAGGUCUUUCAAAAACGCGCCCUCCGACUUCCAGGAAGCUGAAGAGACAGUGACCAACCUUGAUCUCCUCUUUGCGUCCAUCAAAAGUGAGGUCGACAAGCCGGACUCAGUUUUCACCCGGGACCCAGCGUCCGGCGAGCGAUUCGAAGCGCUCACGCGAUCGUGCAUCUCAUCCUUGAACAGAUUAGACGAUCUACUUGCCAAGCACCAGAGCUUGGGGAGCGAUCACAUCAAAGUCCUCGACCGGUUGAGGUUCUCCAAGAAAGACGUUGUCGAGAUACAACGAGAGCUGCAAUUUCGACAUGCUACUCUCGCCGCGUUUCUCGAGACGCUAGGACUGGGCGGCGUGGGGCGGAUAGAGAAUAAAGUUGAUGGCCUUGCACAGCAACAGGAUAAGAUCAUCGAAGCUAUUGACAAGAUCGCACUGCAAGCGAGCACACGGCUUGAGACGGCAUCAGUGUUCUCGAACCACAGCAGCGAUGACAAGGCUGUGUGGCGACAGCUGCGGCGCGACUUGAACGGGGCUGGCUUCAAGUCGUCUGAUCUAGAGAGGCAUAAACCUCUCAUACAUCAGAAGCUGAUGGAGCUGCAAACCUCAGGUAUGAUCGAGUGGCACGCUCCGGACGGUGACGAUGAUAACAAAAGCGAAAUGUCUGUAACCUGGAUUGGACGAACAAAGAAUAACUACCGGCCUCCAACGGCGGAGACGGUGUAUGAAGACUCGGACGAGGAGGACAACUACACUCAUCGCCAGUUCAGAGAUUCGAUGGACCCGCUGUUCGAGGAGGAAGAGGAAGACAUUUUGCACCGACCUGGCGUUCAAAGCGAGAAGAACAGGACCUCGAACGGAAGGCCACCUCCAUAUCAAGCUUCUACGACGGGCCCCACGCUUCAGAUACCCAUCCCAGUACCACAUCGAGCAUCGCGGUCAGCGGGAAAUUCUCCACAGUCGAGUCCAAAUGCAUUCGCGCCAGUGCAUCCUGGCUUUGGAGGCAGCUCGCCUCGACAGAGGAGACCAGGCUUUCAGCCACUAUCGCGAUAUGGUAGCUCGCCACGCGCUGCCACGCAAGCCAUGCCACGAGCGGCACGGCAGCAAUCCGACCGCCCUGGUAGCUCUGGCAGUGGUCGUGGCGAUGAAGGACUGCGUGUUGGGAGGCGUUCCGCUCCGAAUAUGAUCUGGCGUUAUCGCCGACCUGCGGACAUCCAACGGCCUCCCAUGCAGUCUGCCGAUCUAGGAGAUGGUACCCUGCCGAAAGCUGCCUCUGAGGGGAAGACGUCAGAUGCACAACGUCUCCUCAUGCAAGGCUACAACAUUGAGUCUACGGGCUCAAGAGCAGUAACCGAAAACACUGCCUUCGAGAACACAACCGCCCUUUUCCGAGCAGCUCGAAAUGGACACUUUGAAACCGCACACAUGCUUCUCCGCCACGGAGCUAACCCAAACGUAUACAAAGCCGACGGCAAGGGCUUGCUGCGUCUCCUGGUCAGCGAUGGUAAUACAGAAAUGGUGCGACUGCUACUGGAGUACGGUGCCCAUCACGAGAAACAGGGUGCUCUACCUCAAGCAGCUCUAUUCGGGUAUCUCAGUAUCGUUCAGCUAUUGCUGAAUUAUGGCAUCGACAUCAACGAAGUCGAGAAGCAGACAGCGCUCUUUCGGGCCUCGUCAAACGGCUAUUCAGACAUCGUGGAUCUCUUGCUUCGAGAAGGAGCCGACACUGGCUUCGUGGCGCCUUCUGGAGCCAGUGCGCUCUACAAAGCCGUCGUCAAGGACCACUACAAAUGCGUCAGAGCACUACUUCUGUACGGAGCUCGUCCAGAAGUUGGUUGCGGACAGGACGGCGAGACAGCACUAUCCACUGCUUGCGCUAUUGGCCACGAGCCAACCGUCCGUCUCCUCCUCCAACGCGGUGCUAGGCCAAAUGAUCUGUGGUUCCGCCGAUACCAAUCUGCCGUUCAAAGACGAGAUGGAUUGGUUGAGGAGUGGUUUGCCGACGGUUCGCUGUUUGCAGCCGCACGGGUAGGAAGGGUGAACAUCACGAGGCUGCUGAUAGACUAUGGUGCGGACGUGCACGCGAGGACGCACUUCGGCCAGACAGCGAUCGAUCUCGCAUUCCAGAAUGGCUAUCUACCUCUAGUAGACAUGCUACACGCAGCCGGGGCACGUCUAAGUCCAGAGACGAUCGAAGCAGCGGAGAAGCGAGAUGCAUGGGAGCGGAGACGGGAGGAUCAGAGGUACAAAGACGAUCCGAGAAGGCCACGACAUUACAGCACCAACGGCGUCGAUCUCGAGCGCGGCGAGGGGAGAGCAGGAGAUUCACAAGAUCAGCGGUUGCAGAUGUCAGAGUUCAAGCGGAGGAGCAAGAGCUCAACUACUGUUCGGCAGAGUACACGGGCAAAGGGCAGCUCCGCCGGGGGAGGGCUCAAAGUUGCUACUGCUGCUACCACGGGGAUGUUGCUGCUGGAUAGUUUGAUGUUGCUUGGGGGUUAG